GGCACGGAAGGGACGUCAGAAAGGAGGAGCAACAACGGGAGAAUGUACGCUGCUAGUCCCGCGUCCCGCAGGGCCUCCUACGAGAAAAAGGAACAACAGGGUCUAGCAUCACCUCCAGGGAGCGUUGGGUGAUUGUGCGUGCAUGCAACAACUGCCCUACUCUAAAUCAGGGCUGUCGCUUUGUUUUUAAACCUGCUUCUCCCGCAGAUCGUUUUUCUCUGCCUUCGGUUAGACUUUCCUCCUUUGCGUCCCCACCACGCCUUCUGGUGGCCACUGGCCUGCCUUCCUUUCUUGCCACACCUCCAGGUCGAUUGCCCUGGAAGAAAUCGAUCAACAUGGUCAAGAAGCGCAAGGGGUCCCUGCAGUUGCAGGGGUCGGGUAAGAAACUCAAGGGAGAAAUUGCAGCCGCCCCCUCCAGUCCUAAAGCGCAGGGACAUCGACAGGAUGAUUUUGAAGAGGAAAGACCCAGUAAGAAAAAACGCUCGCUUAAAGCUUCAUCUGAAAAUAAGAAGGAAAAAGAAUGUGAGAGGAAUGUCCUUUGCCCACCCUGCAGAAAUUCAAAUCAGAAAGAAUCAAAGUCCAAAGUAAAAAAGGAAAAUAAUAGAAUGGCAGAAAGUAAAGGCUCCGGUAAAAAGCGGGGGAAAUGCAGUGGCCUGCAGAGCACUCCCCUAAAGAAGGAGACAAAUGCAAAAAAAGAAUCUAAUGUCACAAAGAGAAAGAGAGAUGACAAAGAGCGUGGUGGUGGUGGUGAUGAUGAUGAAGAAAGUGAGGACGAGUGGGAAGAUGUGGAAGAGCUUCGUGAGCCUGAGAUAGAGCAGCUGGAAGACCUUCCUGUGCCAACAUUGCCCAACAAAACAGUUGAGAUAGAAAUUGAGACCCCUGAACAGGCUAAGAAAAGAGAGAGGAGAGAGAAAAGGCAGUCCGAGUUUGAGACGUAUCUCCGUAGAAUGAUGAAACGCUUCAACAAGGAAGUUCAUGAAGACACACACAAGGUUCACUUACUGUGCCUGUUGGCAAAUGGUUUCCAUAGGAACCGGAUCUGUAGUCAGCCCGAUCUCCAAGCUAUUGGCUUCUCUAUCAUCCCCACUCAAUUCACUAAAGAGCCUGCAGGCUGUGUAGACCGCCUGUACCUGUCAAAUCUUGUGAAAUGGUUUGUCAGGACCUUUACCAUCAACGGGGAACUCUCUGAUUAUGAAGAAAGUUGGCAGUCCACCCUAGAGAGGCGCUUUGCUGUUUAUGCUGCACAGGAUGAUGAAGAAUUGGUACAUAUAUUUUUGCUUAUUCUACGAGCAUUGCAGCUACUGUGCCGUCUCGUGUUGUCUCUGCAACCUAUUCCUCUGAAAGAGUCAGCUGGAAAGGGAAAGUCUUCCUCUAAGAAGCGCUCUGUCAGUGCAGUUUCUGAGGUAUUGGAUGGCUCUGCCAAAAAGCCUAAAGUUGCAUUGAAAAAAUGCACAGGGCCAGGCAAGACCAAGGCAGGGGCUGGUCGAGAGAGAAUUGGGUCAAGGAGCCAGGAAGCUGACAAGAAGUCAACCCCUAUUGGAGCCAAAAAGACAAUAAAUAAAUCUAUAGGACUCAGUGCUGUUCCAAAAGUAAAGGAAUCUGGUGACCUGAGGGAAAAGGAAAGGUUGGGGAGGACCAAAAAUGACCGCCAACGAAAAGUGGCCUCUAAAGUGUCAUAUAAAGAGGAGAGUGGAAGCGAUGAGGGCAGCGAUUCUGAAUUCUGCGCUUCAGAGGAAGAUGGGGAUGAAAGUAGCAGCUCUGAUGAAGAUUUUGAAACUCCCAGUAGGAAGAAAUCAUCUGUGGCAACCCUUAAAGCAAAAGUAGCUCUUAACAGCCGGUGGAAACCUGGACCCUCAGUGUUGAAAGUAGCCAAGAACUCUGAGACAAUUGAGGGUUUGCCGGGGGAAACAGCCACCCCAAGUUCUUCAAAUCCAUCAAAGAAAAGGAACAAAAUAAUUUCGAGUGAUGAAGAGGAUGAAGAAGGAGAGGCUGGGCCAGUUCAACUAAGAGGCACAGAUCAGUGGGUUGAGGUUUUUCUUGAACGGGAAGACAGGUGGGUGUGUGUGGAUUGUGUUCAUGGCACUGUUGGGCAGCCUCAGCUGUGCUUCAAAUAUGCCACAAAACCUGUGUGCUACAUCAUUGGCAUUGACAACGGUGGGUGCUUAAAAGAUGUGACGCAAAGGUACGAUCCAGCGUGGAUGACUUCAACGAGGAAGUGUCGUGUGGAUGCCGAAUGGUGGCAGGACACUCUGGAACCAUACAGAAGCCCUUUUGUGGAACGAGAGAAAAAAGAAGAAAGAGAGUUUCUAGUUAAACUUCAGGACCAGCCCCUGCCAACAGCCAUUGGCGAGUACAAGAACCAUCCGCUUUAUGCCUUGAAGAGGCAUCUCCUUAAAUAUGAAACCAUCUAUCCAGAGACAGCAGCUAUACUAGGAUAUUGCCGAGGGGAGGCUGUAUAUUCCAGAGAUUGUAUCCAUACAUUGCACUCCAAGGACACCUGGCUGAAGCAGGCUCGAGUGGUCAGGAUUGGAGAAGUGCCAUAUAAGAUGGUCAAAGGCUACUCCAACCAAGCAAGGAGAGCACGAAUGGCAGAACCUGCAAACAGAGACAAAAAGGACUUGCCACUGUUUGGUCUCUGGCAGACAGAGGAAUACCAGCCCCCUGUGGCUGUGGGUGGAAAGGUUCCCCGGAAUGAAUUUGGGAACGUGUAUCUCUUCCAACCCAGCAUGUUACCUAUAGGCUGUGUGCAGCUAAAGCUUCCUAACCUUCAUAGAGCGGCAUGUAAAUUGGAUAUUGACUGUGUUCCAGCUGUUACUGGAUUUGAUUUCCAUGGUGGCUACUCGCAUCCAGUCACUGAAGGUUAUGUAAUCUGUGAAGAGUACAAAGAAGUGCUUGUUGCAGCCUGGGAGAAUGAGGAAGUAGAAAGGGAAAAGAAGGAAAAGGAGAAGCGGGAGAAAAGAGUGCUGGGAAACUGGAAAUUGCUGGUGAAAGGGCUUCUGAUCAAAGAGAGAUUGAAGGAACGCUACUCUACUAAGAACGAGGCAGCAGGAGCAAUGGUGGAGAAGGGGGCUGGGUUUUCCUCUGAUGAUGAAGAUGGAGGAGGCAGUGGACCAAGCUCAGAGAAACCAGCUGGGGAUGUGGCAGUUUCGUGGCCCCAAAAUCGGCAAGCAGAGGAACAGAGUGGGGGUGGCAAAAGAACCAGAAAGAGCAAGAGGGAAAAGAAAGGCGAAGCAAAGCACUUGUUCCCAUUUGAAAAGCUGUAACCAGAAGUGCCAAGCAAAAAAAGCCUUGUGUUUUUGGAGACCAACUUGUAAAUAGUUUCAGGCUUAGGAAAUAAUGUAUUUUUUUAUUUGCUGCAAGUUGGAGACUUGGGUUUGACUCAAUAUAUGUAAAGGGAGCAAUGUUUGUGUGUAAAAAAUACUUCUGGCGAGACUAAAUCAGGGAGCUAACAGGAACCUCCUCUAAGUCUUGGCCAUAGAAUGCACAUUUUACUCCAUUUUGCAGUUGCAAGUGUGAACUAUACCAAGUUAUCUUAAAGAGCUCAGAAUUAGUUUUUUUUUAUACUAAUUUCUUAAGAGCUUUGGGCCUUGCUCCUUUGUAUUUGUGAGGCUGCGAGGAACAAAUUUGUUAGAUCAGGCAUGAGGAAAUCUGCGGUCCUCUGGAAGUAGUUGCGACUACGAACCCCAUCAGUCCUGACCAUUGGCCGUGCUGUGGCUGGAGCUGUAGUCCAACGACAUCCAGAAGGCUACAGGUUUCCCACUUCUGUGUUAGAUCAGUCUUUUUAGGAAGACUCUUCGUGAAUUUUGUUUUCCCUUGGAACAUUUUAGUACUUCCUCAGUUUCAUCACUAUAUCAUUAGUAGUGUCUCUUUCACCGUCCGUCAUUGUUCUCAUCUCUUCUGUUUGUUUGAAAGACAAUUUACAUGGCAGCCACAAAGGUCCCAAGUGUGUUCUUUGAGGUGGUGAUGCCUUUUGCUUGUAAAGAAUUCAGAACCUUAUUGGCUUCGGGAAAUGGUGGAGCUGGCUGCAUUUAGGGCACAAUCCUGAGAAGCUUGUCUGCACAAGCACCAUAUAAAUGAAUGGAAACUGCAAGAAAAGUGUUGGAUGGUAUUCAUCUAAGGUCUACUCAUAGUAGACCCAUUGAAAUUAAUGAACCUAAUCUGGUUAUGCCCACUUACUUCAAUGGGCCUACUCUUGAGUAGGACUAGUAUCCAUUGAUUGUGCUGUUGCACAAUCCUGAUUCAUUUCUAGAGAGCUUGUGGACAGACAAAUGUGAACUUCGUGCUAGUUAAAAAAUAUAGAAUAUUUGGGGAGAGGGAGUUCUCAAGAAUCUUCAUUUAGUUUUUAGUCUUUGAUUUGCCUCUCUUCUGAAGCCUCAUAGAUGUCUUGUGGAUCUUGUCCUUUUUACAUUUUGAGCUCUGAACUAAGGGUACUAUGACACCAAUUUUAAACACAACAAAUUAGUGCUAAAUAAAUGGGACUGAAUUAUGAGAAAAAAGAAUGUAUACUUGCAAUUUGCUAUCAUGCACUUAAUGAUCACUAUACAAUGACUUGUUUGCUUGUUCUGCUCUUUAAGAGUGCUUUGACUCAUACACACUUUUCCCUGCAAAAGAAAUGUUAAUGAUACCAGCUGUUUUACACAGUUUUAAAAAUUUAUCUUUUUUCUGGCGUAAGAGAUGUUGUAGUGUUUCUUUUAAAAACUCCCUGGACCUAGUUUUAGCACCUUAAAAAUAUUCAGAAAAAAUAUUUUUAUACUGAGUCCUUGGCAAAAAUAAUAAAGCUUUAAUA